CAGGAUGGCACUCUGCCGGCACUGCCUGCAAUGGGCCCGAGGAUGGAAACCUGCUGCCGGCCCGUCCUGCUGCUGGUCAUUGUGGCCGCAGCAGCCACCGCAGUGCCUUCCCAACACAAGACGCUGAGCUAUGAAGAGGCCAUUGCCCUGGCCGUCGAUUUCUACAACAAAGGGUCAGGCAUCGACCAUGCCUUCCGGCUCCUUAAAGCGGACCCACAGCCUGAGUGGGACAUGACGUCUAACCCUCGGCAGGCACUGAAGUUCACGGUUAAAGAGACAGUGUGCCCGGUGUCAGAGAACCUCCCCGGGACUGAAUGUGACUUCAGAGACAAUGGGGUGGUCAGAGACUGUUCAGGAUUCUUCUCCACCCUGCAGAAGUCGCCCAUAGUCCUCAUCAGCUGCAACACUGUGACCCAGGAGCAGGACCAAUUCCCACUCUCACUGAAUCCCACAGCGCACAGGAUGGAGACCUGCCUGAAAGUCCUGCUGAUUGUCGGGGUGGUCACAGCAGCCCCCGCGCCAUCAUCAUCCCCUCUGCCAACCCACAAGGAUGCGGUUUUAGCUGCAGUUCAGCUCUACAACCAAGAGCCAGAUAUAACACUGGCCUAUCGGCUCCUGGAAGCUGAGCCGCAGCCAGACUGGGACAUGUCUUCUAAAACUAUCCAAACGCUGAGAUUUACUGUGAAAGAGACAGUGUGCUUGGUAUCAGAGAAACGUGACAUCAACCAGUGUGAAUUCAAAGAAGACGGGCUGGUCAAAGACUGCUCUGGAUUCUUCUCCACUGAAAAGGACCCCCCUUCCGUCAUUAUCAAAUGUGAGGAGGCGUCUGAGGAGCCUAAUAUCGUCACACGGGGCCGCUGGAAAAGAUUCUGGAGAGGAGCUGGCAAAUUUUUUCGUCAGCAUGGUUUGAACAUCCUUACUGCUACUCUCAAAAUGGUUGGCUAACAAGAUCCAGAAAUA